AUGGCGUGGCCCACCAAGAGCCCCAAUUUCAGCAUCAUCGAGAACGUAUGGGGAGUGCUGGCGGGUCAGGCCCAUUCGUGUGUUUUUAACGUUUUCUCGACGAAAAUUCGAGGUUUGAACGAAGGGAAAACUUUGCUUGUUGCCCCAUGGGCCGUGACGACAUGUCAUGUCACGUCAGGAAUGUACAAAUAUGUUGUGGUGUGCAGCAACUUGUGUACACCACGCCACACAGCAGGGAUGGCAUGUUGCGGCCUCGGGAGACUGAGGCUACGGCGCCGCCGAGAUCGCUGGGUCAGUACAGAACUUGAGGGCACCCGAGGAAGGCGCGCUGGUGCUUGGGCACUGGAUGCGACCGCAAGUACUUUGUGGGGAGGACGAGUCAUGCAGACGCUAAUGGGACGUAAGGGCAACGUGCUGGCGGCCCAAUUCUCACUCAUGCCAUCGCACAAAGUGAUCACGGAUUGUCCAACUGAAGUAUACGUGUUUGGAACGCCAUGCUCGAGAUGCAGAUUUCGUGUAGUAUCCAGCGCACAUCAGGAAGGUCGAUGCGCUUCUGCGAAGAAGAACAAGACACUGCGUCCUGGAGCUGCUCCGGAUGUAUUCUGA